CCCUCUGGUCCCAGCAGUGGCUCAGUCUUAACCUGAUAACAGUGAGCAUUUAAACACAUCACAGUGUGACUGAAGUCUGUGGAGGGCUCAGUGUGCAGGUCCAGAGGCUGGAGGUUUGUGUUUCAACAGCAGCUACUGAGCUCCCCCUGGUGGUCAGUGAGGUUUACAGCUGGUCUCAGAGUUUCCGUCAGUCCACUAUGAUCCUGUGAGAUGGAGCACAGUUCAUGUCCAGCUGUGAUUGUUUCUUUAUAACAUAUAAUAUAUCUCCAUGUCACAAAGACUACCCUGAGAAUGUUUCUAAAUGUGUGAGCUUUAAUGAAUUGCUUUUGAUCAGGAUCCAUCAGAGUCCAGGCUGUCCUGAACCUGAAUCUGAACCUGAAUCUGAACCUGGACCCAGCUGUCUGUCCAUGAGGAGUGACCGGUCUAUGGGUCUUCCUAUAUUAUUCAAAGAUGGACGCCACUCUGUUGAUCAAAGGAAGCUGCAAGAACCUGAACCCAGCUGUGUGUCCAUCAAGAGUGACUGGUCUAUCGAUCGUCCUAUAUUCUUCAAAGAUGGACGCCACUCGGUUGAUCAAAGAGUGGACCAGGAGAGCUCAGAGAUUCCCAGUGGUCAGUCUGCCCAGCAGCAUCAAACACACCUGGACUCCAUAUUUAUGCUGCUGGAGGAGAACAUCGUCACUUUUGUGAAGAACGAGCUGAAGAAGAUCCAGAAGGUUCUGAGUUCAGAUUACCCAGAAUGCUUAGAGAGUCAGAGGGAGGAUGAGGAGGUGGUGGACGGUGAGGAUGAAGAGCAGAGGAGGAGCAGCAGAGAGGCUUUUCUGAAGAUCACACUGCACUUCCUGAGGAGAAUGAAGCAGGAGGAGCUGGCUGACUGUCUGCAGAGCAGAAGUUAUUCUGGAGUUUGUCAGCGUGAACUCAAAUCUAACCUGAAGAAGAAGUUCCAGUGUGUGUUUGAGGGGAUCGCUAAAGCAGGAAACCCAACCCUUCUGAAUCAGAUCUACACAGAGCUCUACAUCACAGAGGGAGGGACUGCAGAGGUCAAUGAUGAACAUGAGGUCAGACAGAUUGAAACAGCAUCCAGGAAACCACACAGACCAGAAACAACAAUCAGACAAGAAGACAUCUUUAAAGCCUCACCUGGAAGAGAUGAACCAAUCAGAACAGUGAUGACAAAGGGAGUGGCUGGCAUUGGGAAAACAGUCUUAACACAGAAGUUCACUCUGGACUGGGCUGAAGACAAAGCCAACCAGGACAUACAGUUCACAUUUCCAUUCACUUUCAGAGAGCUGAAUGUGCUGAAAGAGAAAAAGUACAGCUUGGUGGAACUUGUUCAUCACUUCUUUACUGAAACCAAAGAAGCAGGAAUCUGCAGGUUUGAAGAGUUCCAGGUUGUGUUCAUCUUUGACGGUCUGGACGAGUGUCGACUUCCUCUGGACUUCCACAACAAUGAGAUCCUGACUGAUGUUACAGAGUCCACCUCAGUGGAUGUGCUGCUGACAAACCUCAUCAGGGGGAAACUGCUUCCCUCUGCUCGCAUCUGGAUAACCACACGACCUGCAGCAGCCAAUCAGAUCCCUCCUGAGUGUGUUGACAUGGUGACAGAGGUCAGAGGGUUCACCGACCCACAGAAGGAGGAGUACUUCAGGAAGAGAUCCAGAGAUGAGGAGCAGGCCGACACAAUCAUCUCCCACAUCAAGACAUCACGAAGCCUCCACAUCAUGUGCCACAUCCCGGUCUUCUGCUGGAUCACUGCUACAGUCCUGGAGGAGGUGUUGAAGACCAGAAAGAGAGGAGAGCUGCCCAAGACCCUGACUGAGAUGUACAUCCACUUCCUGGUGGUUCAGUCCAAAGUGAAGAACAUCAAGUAUGAUGGAGGAGCUGAGACAGAUCCACACUGGAGUCCAGAGAGCAGGAAGAUGAUUGAGUCUCUGGGAAAACUGGCUUUUGAGCAGCUGCAGAAAGGCAACCUGAUCUUCUAUGAAUCCGACCUGACAGAGUGUGGCAUCAAUAUCAGAGCAGCCUCAGUGUACUCAGGAGUGUUCACACAGAUCUUUAAAGAGGAGAGAGGACUGUACCAGGACAAGGUGUUCUGCUUCGUCCAUCUGAGUGUUCAGGAGUUUCUGGCUGCUCUUCAUGUCCAUCUGACAUUCAUCAACUCUGGUGUCAAUCUGAUGGCAGAAGAACAAACAACAUCCCAGAAGUCUCAAAGAAGAAAAUUCAAAUCUGCAGCGACACAUCUCUACCAGAGUGCUGUUGACAAGGCCUUACAGAGUCCAAACGGACAUCUGGACUUGUUCCUCCGUUUCAUCCUGGGUCUUUCAUUAGAGAGCAAUCAGACGCUCCUACGAGGUCUGCUGACACAGACAGGAAGUAGCUCACAGACCAAUCAGGAAACAGUCCAGUACAUCAAGAACAAGAUUGAUGAGGAUCUCUCUGCAGAGAAAAGCAUCAAUCUGUUCCACUGUCUGAAUGAACUGAAUGUUUAUUCUCUAGUGGAGGAGAUGCAACAGUCCCUGAGUUCAGGAAGUCUCUCCACAGGUAAACUGUCUCCUGCUCAGUGGUCAGCUCUGGUCUUCAUCUUACUGUCAUCAGAAAAAGAUCUGGACGUGUUUGACCUGAAGAAAUACUCUGCUUCAGAGGAGGCUCUUCUGAGGCUGCUGCCAGUGGUCAAAGCCUCCAACAAAGCUCUACUGAGUGACUGUAACCUCUCAGAGAGAAGUUGUGAAGCUCUGUCCUCAGUUCUCAGCUCCCAGUCCUCUAGUCUGAGAGAGCUGGACCUGAGUAGCAACAACCUGCAGGAUUCAGGAGUGGAGCUGCUGUCUGCUGGACUGGGGAGUCCACACUGUACUCUGGAAACUCUCAGACUGAGUGGCUGUAACCUCUCAGAGAGAAGUUGUGAAGCUCUGUCCUCAGUUCUCAGCUCCCAGUCCUCUAGUCUGAGAGAGCUGGACCUGAGUAACAACGACCUGCAGGAUUCAGGAGUGAAAAAGCUGUCUACUGGACUUGAGAGUCCACACUGUACUCUGGAAUCUCUCAGACUGAGUGGCUGUAACCUCUCAGAGAGAAGUUGUGAAGCUCUGUCCUCAGUUCUCAGCUACCAGUCCUCUAGUCUGAGAGAGCUGGACCUGAGUAACAACAACCUGCAGGAUUCAGGAGUGAAACUGCUGUCUGCUGGACUGAAGAGUCCACACUGUACUCUGGAAACUCUCAGGCUGAGUGGCUGUAACCUCUCAGAGAGAAGCUGUAAAGCUCUGUCCUCAGUUCUCAGCUCCCAGUCCUGUAGUCUGAGAGAGCUGGACCUGAGUAACAACGACCUGCAGGAUUCAGGAGUGAAGUUGCUGGUUGCUGGGCUGGAGAGUCCACACUGUACUCUGGAAACUCUCAGACUGAGUGGCUGUAACCUUUCAAAGAGAGGCUGUGAAGCUCUGUCCUCAGUUCUCAGCUCCCAGUCCUCUAGUCUGAGAGACCUGGACCUGAGUAACAGCAACCUGCAGGAUUCAGGAGUGGACCUCCUGUCUGCUGGACUGGAGAGUCCUCACUGUACUCUGGAAACUCUCAGACUGAGUUGCUGUAACCUCUCAGAGAGAAGCUGUGAAGCUCUGUCCUCAGUUCUCAGCUCCCAGUCCUCUAAUCUGAGAGAGCUGGACCUGAGUAACAACGACCUGCAGGAUUCAGGAGUGAAGUUGCUGGUUGCUGGGCUCGAGAGUCCACACUGUACUCUGGAAACUCUCAGAUUGAAUGUCUGUCACCUCUCAGAAAGAAGCUGUGAAGCUCUGUCCUCAGUUCUCAGCUCCCAGUCCUCUAGUCUGAGAGAGCUGGAUCUGAGUAACAACAAACUGCAGGAUUCAGGAGUGAAGUUGCUGUCUGCUGGGCUGGAGAGUCCACACUGUACUCUGGAAACUCUCAGGCUGAGUGGCUGUAACCUCUCAGAGAGAAGCUGUGAAGCUCUCUUCUCAGUUCUCAGCUCCCAGUCCUCUAGUCUGAGAGAGCUGGACCUGAGUAAUAACAACCUACAGGAUUCAGGAGUGAAGAUGCUGUGUGCUGGACUGAAGAAUCCGGACUGUACUCUGAAAACUCUCAGUCUGUCAGGCUGUCUGAUCACAGAGGAAGGCUGUGCUUCUCUGGCCUCAGCUCUGAGCUCCAACCCCUCCCAUCUGAGAGAGCUGGACCUGAGCUACAAUCAUCCAGGAGCCUCAGGAGGGAAGCUGCUGUCUGCUGGACUGGAGGAACCACACUGGAGACUGGACAAUCUCAGGGUGGAGCCUGCUGGAGUCCGAUGGUUGACACCAGGUCUGAGGAAGUAUUCCUGUGAACUCACACUGGACACAAACACAGUACACAGAAACCUCAAACUGUCUAACAACAACAGGGAGGUGACAUGUAUGAAUGAGGUUCAGUCAUAUCCGGAUCAUCCAGACAGAUUUGACCGGUGGCCUCAGCUGCUGUGUAGAAGUGGUCUGACUGGUCGCUGUUACUGGGAGGUCGAGUGGACAGGAAGUGUUUCUAUAUCAGUGAGUUACAGAGGAAUCAGCAAGAGAGGAAACAUAGAAGACUGUGUGUUUGGAAGGAAUGAUCAGUCCUGGAGUCUGGACUGCUCUGAUGAUGGUUACUGUGUCUACCACAAUAAGAGAAUAACACCCUCCUCCUCCUCUUCCUCCUCCUCCUCCUCCUCCUCUGGUAGAGUAGCAGUGUAUGUGGACUGUCCUGCUGGCACUCUGUCCUUCUACAGAGUCUCCUCUGACACACUGAUCCACCUCCACACCUUCAACACCACAUUCACUGAACCUCUUUAUCCUGGGUUUGGGUUCAGGUCCUGGUCCAGUUCUGGUUCCUCAGUGUCUCUGUGUUCUCUGUAGGAGGGAAAGUCUCCUCCUGUUUGAGAAACUCUCUCACUGCUGACCAGAUAGUUCAGUAUGUACAGGAUCACACACAGCUGAUGUUAGUUCGUACCAACCUGAUCUCUCAGUGGUUGUAAAUACAGUUGGAGCAGGUGAGGGGUACCUGAGCUGGGCUGGACUCUGGGGGGGUUGAGAGCUCUCUGGGACUUGUGGUGUUGCCGAUGGACGGCUGAAAGAGCUGAGCGAGGUCGAUGUAAUUACCUGAAAUGAUCUGUUGUCUGAGAGAAGGUGUGAAACAAUAUUUUUUAACUUUGUGUAUAAAACUGAACUUUGUUGAUUUGUGUGAAGAAACACCUUUGAAUGUCAAACAAGAGUCUUUCAGGGUAAAAUUCAGCAUCUGUGGAAAAAUACUUCCAACUUGUAAAGAGUUGGUUUGAUUAGAACAAACUAAAUUAAUCAUCUUUGGUCAUCAUGUAACAAAUUAACAAACUUUGAUAAGUGAUGUUGAAAUAAAAAGAAAUCAAAGUUUUGGGAUGAUUCUAGAUAAUAAAUGAUGCUGGAAAUCACAUAUAAAUCAUGUAAAGGAAAAAUCACAACACUGUAU